GGUGUGGUUUUCUAACAUUCUCAUAAAAAAAAAUCAGAAGCCCAAGGCAGCAUUCUUCUGUGCUGUCAGCUGGGAAGCAGAAAUACAGAGAUCCCUUCCAACAUAGUCAACAAUGUCUUUUGUAAGAGAGUUCCUGCUCCAAGCAAUAUUUCUGGAUGACCCUGCUGUAAAACAAGAAGAAAGCGGUGGCCUGAAAGGAGCUCCAGGAUUUGAUGCCUCCACCGAUGUUACCAACCUAGACAAGGCUAUCAAAGCUAAAGGUGUGGAUGAGGCAACUAUAAUUGAUAUCUUAACAAAAAGGAACAAUGCACAGCGUCAGGCAAUUAAGUCUGCUUAUCUGGCAACUACAGGCAAGCCAUUGGAAGACGCACUGAAAAAAGCUCUUUCUGGACGCUUCGAGGAAGUUGUUUUAGCUUUGCUUAAAACUCCAGCUGAAUUUGAUGCCCAUGAACUCAAGCAUGCAACAAAGGGCUUGGGAACUGAUGAGGACACACUCAUUGAAAUUCUGGCAUCAAGAACUAACAAAGAGCUAAGAGAAAUCAACAAAGUCUACAAAGAAGCAUUUAAGAAUGAUUUGAUCAAGGACCUCACUUCUGAUACAUCUGGAGAUUUCCAAAAAGCUUUGGUUGCCCUUGCCAAGGGUGAUAGGAAUGAAGAUACCCGUGUGAAUGAAGAGCUUGUUGACAAUGAUGCCAGGGCUCUGUAUGAAGCUGGUGAGAAGAGAAAAGGAACUGAUGUCUCUAUUUUUAUUAACCUUCUCACAACACGCAGCUUCCCACACCUGCAGAAAGUGUUUCAGAAAUAUACUAAGUACAGCAAACAUGAUGUGAACAAAGCACUAGAUCUGGAGCUAAAAGGCGAUAUUGAGAAGUGUCUUACUGCUGUUGUGAAAUGUGCUUCAAGUAGAGCAGCUUACUUUGCUGAAAGACUGUAUCUGUCAAUGAAGGGCUCUGGGACCCGCGAUAAAGACUUGAUUAGAGUUAUGGUUUCACGGUCUGAGAUUGAUAUGAAAGACAUAAAGGUCCACUACAAGCGUCUAUAUGGAAAAACACUUCGCCAGGCCAUUUUGGAUGAUACCAAAGGAGACUAUGAAACCAUUUUGCUGGCUCUCUGUGGAAGUGAUUAAACCUCAGCAUUGGCUUUCUUAAAAAGUUUUACAUACUCCGUGGCUUUUUAUGAAAUGAUUGCUUACAUUAUAGUUUUUUACUACUAUGUGUAUGUAAAAAAAAAAUCUUCAUUAAAAACGCUUUUCUGAUGUCA